AUGGCGGCGGCGGCGGUGGCUGCGGCCGCAGCGGCCGCAGCAGCCGCAUCUCUUCAGGUGCUGGAGAUGGAGAGCAUGGAGACGGCCGCCGCCGGUUCGGCAGGGCUGGCCGCCGAAGUCCGAGGCAGCGGCACGGUGGACUUCGGGUCUGGGCCCGGCAUAUCUGCAAUGGAGGCGAGCGGGGGCGAUCCGGGCCCGGAGGCCGAGGAUUUCGAAUGCAGCUCUCACUGCUCGGAGCUGUCUUGGAGGCAGAACGAGCAGAGGCGCCAGGGCCUCUUCUGCGACAUUACCUUGUGCUUUGGCGGCGCUGGAGGCCGCGAGUUCCGGGCCCACCGCUCGGUGCUGGCUGCUGCCACUGAGUACUUCACGCCCCUACUCUCGGGCCAGUUCUCGGAGUCCCGCUCGGGCCGGGUGGAGAUGCGCAAGUGGAGCUCGGAGCCGGGGCCCGAGCCCGACACGGUGGAAGCCGUUAUCGAAUACAUGUACACCGGGCGCAUCCGCGUCAGCACGGGCAGUGUGCACGAGGUGCUGGAGUUGGCCGACAGGUUCCUUUUAAUUCGUUUAAAAGAAUUUUGUGGAGAAUUUCUCAAGAAAAAACUUCAUCUCUCCAAUUGUGUGGCCAUUCAUAGCUUAGCUCACAUGUAUACCUUGAGCCAACUUGCUUUGAAAGCUGCCGAUAUGAUACGGAGAAAUUUCCACAAAGUAAUUCAGGAUGAAGAAUUUUAUACUUUACCUUUCCAUCUCAUCCGAGACUGGCUGUCAGACUUAGAAAUUACGGUGGAUUCCGAGGAGGUUCUCUUUGAAACAGUUCUGAAGUGGGUUCAGAGAAAUGCCGAAGAGAGAGAAAGAUACUUUGAAGAACUUUUUAAGUUGCUGAGAUUGUCCCAGAUGAAACCUACUUACCUUACUCGGCAUGUCAAACCAGAGAGGCUGGUGGCCAAUAAUGAAGUUUGCGUCAAGUUAGUGGCCGAUGCAGUAGAGAGGCAUGCUCUGAGGGCUGAAAACAUACAAUCUGGUACCUUCCAGCACCCCGCCUCUCAUGUCUCAUUAUUACCUCGCUAUGGGCAAAACAUGGACGUGAUCAUGGUUAUUGGAGGCGUGUCAGAAGGAGGGGAUUAUUUAAGUGAAUGUGUGGGAUAUUUUGUCGAUGAGGACAGAUGGGUAAACCUGCCCCAUAUUCAUAAUCACCUUGAUGGACAUGCUGUAGCAGUAACAGAGUCCUAUGUGUAUGUUGCUGGAUCAAUGGAGCCAGGGUUUGCUAAAACUGUGGAAAGAUACAACCCAAAUUUGAAUACAUGGGAACAUGUUUGUAGUCUGAUGACAAGGAAGCAUUCUUUUGGCUUAACAGAAGUCAAAGGGAAGCUCUACAGCAUUGGAGGACAUGGCAACUUUAGUCCUGGCUUUAAAGAUGUGACUGUUUAUAAUCCCGAGCUAGAUAAAUGGCACAACUUGGAGUCUGCACCAAAGAUUCUUCGAGAUGUCAAAGCGCUAGCCAUUGAAGACCGGUUUGUGUACAUCGCUGCCCGCACUCCUGUGGACCGGGACACGGAAGAUGGACUAAAAGCUGUGAUUACAUGCUAUGAUACAGAGACUCGACAGUGGCAAGAUGUGGAAUCUUUGCCACUUAUUGACAAUUACUGUUUUUUCCAAAUGUCUGUGGUCAAUUCAAACUUUUAUCAGACAGCAUCAUGCUGUCCUAAGAGUUAUUCUUUAGAAAAUGAAGAGGCAGUAAGAAAAAUUGCCAGUCAAGUUUCCGAUGAGAUCCUUGAAAGCUUACCUCCAGAAGUCCUAAGCAUCGAAGGAGCAGCCAUCUGCUACUACAAAGAUGACGUUUUCAUUAUCGGAGGCUGGAAAAACAGUGAUGAUAUUGACAAGCAGUAUCGGAAGGAAGCCUAUCGAUACUGUGCAGAAAGAAAGCGGUGGAUGCUUCUUCCUCCCAUGCCACAGCCGCGUUGUAGAGCCACGGCUUGCCACAUAAGAAUCCCAUACCGGUACUUGCAUGGCACACAGAGAUAUCCUAUGCCUCAAAACUUAAUGUGGCAGAAGGACCGGAUCAGACAGAUGCAAGAAAUACAUCGGCACGCCCUAAACAUGCGACGAGUGCCGAGCUCUCAGAUCGAAUGCUAGGUUCUCUAAAAGGUGCAGCUUGAAAACAGUUGUACCUGUUUCGUGAGGCUGAGGAGACCCAGACUGUUACUUGAAAAAGUAUGUCGAUAACUUAUUUUCUACCUAAACUGAUUAUUGCCCCAUAUAAAGGAAAUAUAGUUAAAAAACUGAAGAAUGGGAAACUCGAUUUAGUAUGUGAUAACUUUUGUUGGUUUGUAGUCUUUUUCUGUCUUUGGUUUGUGUAGGAUGUGCUAGCUAAAUGAGAUCUUACUAAUGACAAGCGGAAAAACCAGGGAUAGUCACUUCGCUGUUUUUCUGCCAACAAGUUAAAACUCCUUUGUCUUAGGGACUUACUGUUUUGAACAUGCUUUAAGCAACAGUUUAUUUGCACAUUUACUUUGAUAUUCCUUUUGAUUUUUUUCCUGAAUGGCUGGUUUUGAAAAGGGCAGAUUUUAUACAUUGAGCCCUCAUCUGCAGGAGGUGUGUGCAAUAGUGAGAACUGAGAUUUGAAGGGAAAAGCACAAUAUUUCAGCAAGAUGAUUUCAGAAUAUUUGCAUUGGUGUUUCGUUGUAUGUGUUUAUCUAGAAAUUCUGUUGUUUCUUUCUAGAAGAGAUGACUGAUGAGAAAUUUGUGAUUGGCUCAUUAUUUUUUGAAUAUUUUUCAUUUCUUCAGCAACUGUUACAGACUUGGAGCCAUUGCUCUGAGAUGAUGGUAGUUGACAAGAGUAUUGAUCUUUAGCUGAUUGGUUUAAUACAGAGGAAGUUAUAUAUGUGAAAUUUGUUUCUUGAAGAAGAAAAGUAUUGUUCGUAUAGACUGAGCAAUGAAAGGCAUUAAAACAUUUAAACACUUUCUUCAGGAGUUGCAGGCUUAUUUGAGGAUAAAUUACUGAGUGUAAAUAAUGCCUAUGACAAUCGACACUUAAUGCCUUCAAUUUUAAAUUUUGCUCUGAUGUAUAUUGUAUAGAAUCCUCAUUCCUUUCUAAAAGAAACGUUUUCCAAAAUGGGAAGGAAGUGACAAUUUAGAGAAAUUGGUUAAAGAGAAGCCUUAUUGUUUCUCAACCCUGGUUGUUCUCCUAUUUUAUCUAGUUGCCCUAGACUUUUAUUGGAACUUUGACCCUGGAAUACCAAAUUUAGGUACACAACUAUGGCUCUUAAAAAUCUAUUGCUUUAGUUACCUUUUAUUUAUUUUAUGCAUUUUUCGAUUCUCGAAUGCACUCCGAAGCUUUAUAUGAAUUAGCACUCAGUUAGCUUAGAGGACUCUUGCCCUAAUGUGUUGCAAAAGGGGUCCAUUAUAUGUUUCUUGUUUCUUUCAGAAUGUCUGUCUCCUUAGACAUUCCAGAAUGCUGUUCUAGAAGUAUUGAAUUCCAAGUGCAGUGAUUUUUUUUCCCCUAGUCCGUUAUAAUUAACUUCAUUGUAUCAAAUAUCAAAAAAAGCACAACCAGAAAUUUUGGCUCUCAGUUUGCUGCAAGACUAUUAAUAUUUAGCCCUUGGACUCUAUACCAAGAACUUCCCUGACAUUUCUAAAUUAGUAUUCCUGCCUAGGACAGUUUGUCAAUAAAUAUGUCGGAAAUCCGCUUUAAAACCAUUUCAUUUCAAUUGGGGUGGGGUAGUAAACUUCAAGUCUUAUUUCUGUAUGAAGAUAUAUUAUCCUAUGCCACAUCUACCACUUUAUCAAUUUCCAUUUGUAGUUAUUUUGAAAAAAGCCAUUUCUGAGAAAUGCUAAUUCUGAGUUGAAAGAGGUCUGUGCAAAUGAGACAGAGAAGCUCACUGAGUGAUAUUCUCCUCCCUGAUAGACUGUGGUAGCUAGUGCUUCCUUUUCUUGGUGGUGGUGAAAUAAUUUAGUAGCUCACUACAGUGGCAGUUUCUCUCUAAAAGGUGUGAUUUAAGGUUUUUGGAUCUUAUCUCAGAGUUGUCUUCUGAGACAUUGUUACCAAGUUAUUUGGGGGGUGGUCUUUCUUCAGGGGAUGUGACAAGUUUUAACUCCUCUAAGAUUUAGGUAUAAUCUGGUUUUGAACACUUGAUUGAAACUGUUGUUUUUUUAACUCAGCAGGCUGCCUAGGCCAUGGCUGAAAAGAAGGGGUAAGUCCUUCCUUGCAUGAUGUGUGCAGGUUUUCCUGACAACUGGAUUUCUAAUUUUCAGAUUUGAAUUCACAUGUGUGACUUCACAUCAAUAACUUGUGUUUCUGAAAUAUCCUAACUAACUUGUUAAUAAGGAAGGAAACCAGAUUUGCUUAAAUCUGUUCAAGGCUGACAUUCUGGAAUCUAAACUGGAAAUAACUUCCAGAGUAUUUAGAAAGGUUCUGACUAUGAUCACAAGCCUAAAAUGGCUCUUGGGGAAAGAAGUUUCCUUUUUGAUGAAAACUUAAAGAAUGCGUUUGGUAAUUUAAGCAGUUAAAAAUAUAGCUUUAAAAAGGACAGCUUAACACAUAUUCAGCAGACCUUAUGUGCUCGUUGUUGCUUUUGUUUUUGUUUUGUGGAAGGAAAAAAGAGGAAUUGAUUAUACCAAAAAGUAAUACCUAUAUAUAAUUUUGAGUGCUACUUCUAUCUUAGAAUGGAUAUUCCUUAACUAUACCUACCCCACCAUGGU